UCGAGCAACGGUUGGAAUCAACGGGCAGGAGAAGAAAGCUGUAAUUUUCGUGGCAACAGGAGAAUUGGCCUUGCUGGGAAUCGACCUUGCUGAAGCUUUCUCCUUAUGGUCUGUGCCUAUAGACCAGCUGUGUAACAAUGUUACCAGCACAGCUACUACUCCGGAGGGAAUCGUUCGAAAAUUUCCCGGCCUGUUUAAAUCAACGAUGGGGUUUUGUGCGAAAGCUGAGGUUACACUACACCUGAAGCCGAAUUUCAGUCCAGUUUUCUGCGCAAAACGUCCCGUAGCUUAUGCCAUGCGCGAUGCAGUGAACGCCGAACUUGAUAGACUGGAGCGGCUCAAUAUCAUCACACCAGUCCAGCACUCCGAGUGGGCAGCACCGAUUGUAGUGGUACGCAAGUCGAAUGGACAACUGAGAAUAUGCGGAGACUAUUCGACGGGACUCAACGCAUCACUCCACCCCCAUGACUAUCCGCUGCCACUGCCACAGGACAUCUACACCAAACUGGGUAACUCGACAAUUUUUAGCCAAAUUGACUUUAGCUUUCUUACAGGUCCCCAUUGCCGAGCAAAGUCGCCGCUUGCUCACCAUAAACACGCAUAAAGGGUUGUACCUGUAUAAUCGCCUGCCACCAGGGAUUAAAGUAGCACCAGGCGCAUUUCAGCAGCUUAUGGACCAAAUGCUUGCUGGAAUGGAACGUGUCGCGAGUUACAUGGACGACGUUAUCGUUGGUGGACGAACACAACGGGAACACGACGACGUACUAAACGAAACCCUGAGACGCAUUCAGGAGUAUGGUUUCACCAUCCGCCCGGAGAAAUGUUCGUUCAACAAACGCCAAGUUCGCUACCUUGGUCACAUCCUCGAUAACCACGGCAUUCGUCCAGACCCAGCCAAAAUAGCUGCGAUAAAAGAUCUUUCAGCGCCAACCGACGUUAGUGGUGUACGUUCCUUUCUUGGCGCCGUUAACUAUUAUGGAAGAUUCAUCCCGAACAUGCGCAAGCUUCGAUACCCGUUGGACAACCUACUGAAAGAAGGCAGUUCGUUUAAGUGGUCCCCUGAAUGCCAAAAAGCCUUCGAGCAGUUCAAAAGUAUCCUUUCAUCGGAACUGCUCCUGACGCACUACGAUCCAAGGCGUGAGAUCGUUGUAUCCGCGGACGCGUCAUCCGUCGGAUUAGGCGCAACAAUCGGUCACAAGUUCCCCGAUGGAACUUUUAAAGUUGUGCAGCAUGCGUCCCGUGCACUUACAACGGCAGAGAAAAACUACAGCCAGAUAGAUCGGGAAGGCUUGGCAAUUAUCUUCGCUGUGACGAAAUUUCAUAAUUUUAUAUUUGGACGGCAUUUUACUCUACAAACAGACCACAAGCCACUUUUGAGAAUUUUCGGCAGCAAGAAAGGCAUCCCCGUUUACACCGCCAAUCGCUUGCAGAGAUUCGCGCUCACCUUACAGCUGUAUGAUUUCGACAUCAAUUACGUAUCGACCGACAAUUUUGGGAACGCCGACAUCCUUUCGCGACUGAUUCGAAAUCACGAAAAGUUAGAGGAGGAUUACGUGAUUGCUAGCAUCGGCCUAGAGGAGGACAUACGAUCAGUCGUCGUUAACUCAUUGAGUUCAGUUGCAUUAAAUGCAACGGAUGUCGCAACGGCUACUAAAUCCGAUCCCAUUAUGAGCAAAAUCAUACAGUUUGUACGACAAGACUGGCCACGUAACAGUACGUUCAGCGGUGAGCUGGCAUGCUUCUACGCUAGGAAGGAAGCUUUAUCAGAGAUGGGAGGCUGUCUCUUAUUCGGGGAGAGAGUCAUCAUACCAAAGGCUCUCCGGCAACGAUGCCUGCGUCAACUACAUCACGGCCAUCCAGGAGUACAAAGGAUGAAGUCGAUCGCACGAAGCUACGUCUACUGGCCGAAGAUAGACACUGAUAUCGCUGAACUUGUAGCAUCUUGUAACGCUUGUGCAUCCGCAGCGAAAUCACCCCCACACGCUAGCCCGGUAUCAUGGCCUGAGAUAACUGCACCGUGGCAACGUAUCCACAUCGAUUAUGCUGGCCCCAUCGACGGUUUCUCCUACUUAAUCGUAGUCGAUGCUUUCUCUAAAUGGCCAGAGGGAAUAAGGACUGCCAGCACAACUUCCAAAGCGACCAUACGAAUCCUUAAUACCAUGUUUGCGCGAUACGGUAUGCCAGUAACCCUUGUUAGCGAUAAUGGUCGCCAAUUCAUCAGUUCCGAAUUUGAGGAUUUUUGUAUUUGUAACGGCAUAGAGCACCUCACAUCCGCCCCGUUCCACCCUCAGUCUAACGGGCAAGCGGAACGCUUCGUUGAUACAUUCAAGCGCGCCAUAAUCAAAAUCACGAGCGAUGGAACUGCAAUAGAAGAUGCACUUGACACGUUUUUACAAACAUAUCGCGCCACGCCAAAUCCUCAAGUGCCAAAUAACGAAGCGCCAGCGACAGUAAUGUUCGGACGACAAAUUCGCACUUGUUUAGAGCUUAUACGCCCUGUGCCUAAACCGCAAGAAACCAAUAACGAUGAGCAACGACGCAAUUUCGUCCCAAAUGAUCUAGUCUUCGCAAAGAUUUACUCGCAAAACGGAUGGAAAUGGAAGCCAGGAAGAAUAUUGCGGAAAUGCGGCAAUGUAAUGUACCGUGUUAUGACUGAGGACCAUAAGAUUAUACGAAGCCAUAUCAACCAACUACGUCGUCGAGUCCCUUCUAACCAGCAAGCCAGUAAGCGUGAUCAACACCUUUUGCCGCUACAUAUUCUCUUGGAUGAGUGGAACCUUACGCCUCCGUCGUCGUCACCUGAUUCAUCGUCAUCAUCGUCCUCAUCGUCUCCAUCGUCAUCGUCGUUGUCGCCACCGUCCGAUUCAGCUCCAUCUAAUCUAUCACCGUCGUCCACUGAAUCAUCAUCUUACAGGACCGUGUCCCAAUCAUCAGCAUCACCACCUCCUGAACGUGAUUGCAUCCCUGAAGAGUCGCAUCGAGGAGCACAGCCGGUACCACCACCACGCCGCUCUUUUAGAGAUAGAAAAGCACCGCGUUGGUUCGACCCGUACCUGCUGUAUUAAAAGAAGGGAGAUGUUGUGGGAACGCAGCCUCAGCAGCGCCAGCUGCUCGACGUCGACAUUCGCCUGUCGACUAUUGAAGCACGAUCGUGUUGAGUGCCUGAGUGUUCCCGUAUUGGCGAACAAGGACCGGAGCCGCACGAGAGUUGAUACCGAGCGCUCAAGGGCAACGGACGGUUGCACACCCACACACCAGUAUUCGCGUAUCGUCCUAUGUAUUAUUUUACCGUGUUUCCUAUUAAGUUUUAAAUAAAGUGUAAGAAUC